UGGACUCGUCCUUGCCAACAGGCCCCGCCCCCUUUCGAUGACGUAUUUCCGGUCUUCCGGCCCCAGCUCGCGGCGCGGCUGACCCCCGUCGGACCAUGUGGCUGCAGCAGCCUCCUGGGCUUCCCGCCAUCAAGAAAUUCGAGUGUCCCCCGGACUUCUCCCCCUCGGCGCCCCCGACCGACGUGCCAUUUUCCCUGGAGUCGCUGCAGUCGCCGACCACCGAACUGUGGCUCAUCAAAGCCCCCGCGGACUUCGUUCCCGAGAGCUUCAAUGGGCGUCGAGUGCCGCUGGCCGGACUCAAAAGCCUGAAGACCAAAGAUGGAAGUCGCCGUUCCUACCAGGUCCUAAGCAACCCGGGCAGCUUUGCGGGCGGUGGCCCCUGUCUGCUGGUGCCGUCUGCAGCCCGGGGACAACUGGUGUGUGGGCCAGCCCUGAAGGGCUCCCUCAACGUGUGUGAUGGCCCCUUGGCCCUCCAGACUCCCUCCCAGCCUCUGUCCAUCCCGUCCCCACCCCCGCCUCAGAUACCACCGGGACUCCGCCAGCGAUUCCGGGCAUUUGGGGGCAGCCCGCCUGCCCAGCCUCGGAACAGGAAGCCCGGGGCCACGGCGGACGCCGCAGACCCCAGGAGGAAGAGGACAAAGAAACGAGGGAAAGAGGCAGAGCCGGAGCUCAAACAAGAAGUUGAGGCCUGCGAUAGGGGUGAUGGGGUUCUCUCAGGAGGAACUGGGGCACAUGGGGAGCCAGGCCCGGAGCCCCUAAGCCCCAAGCUGAGGAAGAGGAGGAGAAAACAGGAGCCUGAGGCCCCAGUUCUUGAGCUGCGCCCAGUAACUGAGACAGAGCAGGAGCUCCUGUUGAAGCCCCCCUGCCAGCUGGAAGAGCCCUCCACCAAGAAGAGGAGGAGGAGAAAGGAGUCCAGAUCCCCAGAGGUGAAGCUGGAGACCUCAGUGCCAGAGCUGCCUCUGGGGGCCGAGACAGUGUUGGAGCCCCCCUGCCAGCUGGAACAGCUCCCCACCAAGAAGAGGAGGAGGAUAAAGGAGGAAUCCCAGCCCCCGGAGCCAGAACCCCCAGUGCCAGAUCUACCUGUGGGGGCUGAGGCAGAGAUGGAGGCCGGGCCCUUGUCGGAGCCUCCCUGCCAGCUGGACCGGCUCCCCACCCAGAAGAGGAGGAAGAGGAGAAAGGAGGAAUCCGAGCCCCUGCCGCCUGCGCUGCCCCUGGGAGCUGAGGCAGAGCUGGGGGCCGGGCCCCUGUCAGAGCCCCUGCCUCCCUGCCAGCUGGACCAGCUCCCCACCAAGAAGAGGAGAAAGAGAAAGGAGGAGUCUGAGGCCCCAGUGUUGGAGCUGCCUGAGGUAACUGAGGCAGGGCUGGAGCCCCCCACCAAAAAGAAGAGGAGAAAGGAGGAGUGCAACUCCCCAGCGCCAGUGCUAACCCCCUUGGAGGCUGAGCCAGAACCCCAGCCCGGGUUGGAGACCCUGACCCAGCACCCCACCAAGAAGAAAAAGAAGAAGCUGAAAGAGGGGAAUUGAGGUGGAGGAGGAGGGGCACAGUGGGAA